GAGAGAGAGAGAGGAGGAGGAGGAAUGCUGGAGGAGUUCAACAAGGAGAAGGAAUUGGUGUUUGCUCCUCGGGAGAAGUAUCCAAUCCGGAUCCACACUUCUUAACCAGAUCGACACGACUCUUUCGUUUGAUUUGUGAAAACCUAAUUGCUUAUCUUUGCUCAUCCACUGAAAACCGAGUUACCUGUUAACGUAUCUCUUUUAUGAACUAAGUUCUACCUUUUAAAGACAAGAAGUAAGGUCAUAUUUAUGCAUUGAAACUUUGGGGAUGAAAUAGUACAUGGUACGCCAGUUCUAAAAUUCUGCAGACAUGGUGUUUAGUAAAGUUGCAGAUAUUGUAUCUGCCGCAGCAAACCGUUUUUCAGCCCCAAAGUCUUCAACCUUGCCAUACGUAUCAUCUGGACUGUCGCCUCCAUCAAAUUAUGUUCAUAGUUAUCGUGUUCCCAACUAUGGACAGCAUAAUAAUCUUCGACUUUCGUCUUCUCUUCAAGAUUUCUCCACUUACAGCCAGCUUGACAUAGAAGGGGGUGAUCUUAACUCAGGAAUCGAUGGGAGCUUGAUCCAUCCAAAACAGCCUAAUUUCUUAAAUAAAGGAAAUGUUGUGAGUUUUUCUAAGGAGAAAGCAUCACCACGAAGUCCUCAAACACAAAAGAAUUGGGCCCGAGUACUCCUCGUUCUGCUGUGUCUUCUACUGUUUGCUGUACUUGUAUUCACUUUACAAUUUUAUUAUUUCAAGUGGUCUCAAGGAACACCCAAGUUCUAUGUUGUACUUGAUUGCGGUAGCACUGGGACCCGGGUUUAUGUAUACCAGGCUAAUGUGAAUUACAAGAAAGAUGGUAGUCUCCCCAUUUUAUUAAGAUCAUUACCAGAAAGUAUUCAGAAUUCUAGUUCACAGAGUGGACGUGCUUACAACCGAAUGGAGACUGAACCUGGGUUUGACAAAUUGGUGCACAACAUAUCUGGAUUGAGGAGCACAAUACAACCACUUAUCCAGUGGGCAGAGAAACAAAUCCCCGAUCACGCACAUAAAACUACUUCCCUAUUCCUUUAUGCCACAGCAGGUGUUCGCAGGCUACCAAGUUCAGACUCACAAUGGCUUCUUGACAAUGCGUGGUCAAUUUUAGAGAAUUCACCCUUCUUGUGUCAGAGAGAGUGGGUUAAGAUUAUCAGUGGCAUGGAGGAAGCAUAUUAUGGAUGGAUAGCUUUAAACUAUCACACCGGUGUGUUGGGGGCUAUCCCCAAAAAAGCAACAUUUGGUGCACUUGACUUAGGUGGCUCAUCCUUGCAAGUCACUUUUGAGAGCGAGGAACUAGUGCAUAAUGACACUGGUUUAAAGCUAAGCAUUGGUCCCGUUAACCAUCAUCUUAGUGCCUAUUCGCUCUCAGGCUAUGGUUUGAAUGAUGCUUUUGACAAGUCUGUUGUUUAUCUUCUCAAGAGGCUUCCGGAAAUCAAUAGUGCUAAUUUAGCUAGCGGAAACAUUGAAAUCAAACACCCUUGCCUGCAAUCCGGUUACAAAGAGCAAUAUUUCUGUUCUGAGUGUGCUUCUAUAUACCAAGAAGGUAGUAGUCCUCUUAGUGGUGGGGAGAAAUUGGAUAAAGGGGGAAAGCCCAGAACUCCCAUCCAACUUAUUGGUGCGCCAAAAUGGGAAGAAUGCAGAGAACUUGCAAAAGUUGCUGUCAAUUUGUCUGAAUGGUCAAACCAAAGUUCAGGAAUCGAUUGUAAGUUGCAGCCUUGUGCUCUUGGCGAUAAUGUGCCUCGUCCUUAUGGCCAAUUUUAUGCAAUGUCUGGUUUUUUCGUGGUGUAUCGGUUUUUUAAGUUAAGUUCUGAAGCUGCACUGGACGAUGUGUUAGAAAAGGGUCAGGAGUUCUGUGAGAAAACUUGGGACAUUGCAAAGAACAGUGUUCCUCCUCAGCCCUUUAUCGAACAGUAUUGCUUUAGGGCCCCGUACAUUGUGCUUCUGUUGAGAGCGGGCUUACACAUUACUGAUAGCCAAGUCAUAAUUGGAUCUGGAAGUAUUACUUGGACCCUUGCAGUUGCCCUAUUGGAAUCUGGGAAGGCCUUUGCAAACAGAGAAGUGAUUCACACUUUUGAAAUACUCCAGAUGAAAAUAACCCCCGUCAUUCUAUUUACCAUUAUAUUCGUUUCAGUUUUUCUCCUUAUAUGUGUAUUAUCAUGUAUUGGCAAUUCAAAGACAAGAUUUUUUGGCAGACCGUAUCUUCCCCUCUUCAGGCACAACAGUGCAGCAUCUACGUCUGUUCUUAAUAUCCCAACUCCUUUCCGGUUUCGGCGUUGGAGUCCUAUAAAUUCAGGGGAUGGAAGAAUAAAGAUGCCACUGAGUCCAACAGUGGCAGAUUCCCAACAGGGACCAUUUGGCACAGGAUUUGGUUUCAAUGAUAGCAGUGUUCAGCUCACAGAUUUGUCCUUGUUCCCAUCAACGAGCAGCGUCUCACAUAGUUACUCCUCAGGUAGCUUAGGGCAGAUGCAAUUCGACAAUAGUAGCAUGGCUUCUUUCUGGACCCCCCACAGAAGUCAGAUGCGUCUUCAGAGCAGGAGAUCCCAGUCACGGGAAGACCUCAAUUCUUCUGUGGCUGAAGCACACUCUGCGAAAAUUUGAAGUAAGCUCCUGAAUAAUUUUUGAUAUCUGCAUAACCUUGUUCAAAAUCAAAGUUCUGCCCUGUCAACCAUAGCAAACCAUUCUUUUUGUACCAUAUAGAACACUUCUCGGCCACAUUAACCUUACACCUAGAAUUGGAUCUUCGAUUUAUACUUUUCACA